GGUCUGCGUCAGAGAGAGACUUUGAGACUUUACUAACUCCCAGCUUAACACAAGCAGCUAGAGAGAGAGAAAUAAGUCACACACACAUACACAGAUACACACACUUCCUAAACUUCUCACUCAUUCACUCCCCAUGAUAAGUGCAUGCGGCUCCACAAGGCACACUUUAACACACUGACACACUUAUACACAUGUGCCAGUGCAUAGAGUUGCUGAUGUCACCUGUCUGCAGAACUGUAAUGCCAGAGACAGCGUCCAGCAGCCAGUCACAGGUCAGCUAGGAGUUCUAUCCACACACAUAGAACUCUAUAUAUUCUAUAUACACUGUAUCAGGGAUAGAACGUUCUGUGUUCUGGGAGAAUCCUGAGUAACACACAGAGAAGUAGCCUGAUAAAGCAGAGAAUCCUGUGUCAUUUCCAGGCACUCAGCCUAAUUCCACACUCACACCCCUCCAGUCUCCUGACUCCUCAUCAGGUGAAAGAAGACCCAGUGCAAGUGGAAUCAGAUCCAGCACAGAAUUGCUCGGGAUCACCGAGUGGAUGCCACGCACCAGUGUUUCGGCCGCCGCUCCUUCCACUCUGCUCCCAGCCUGCCUCAGAGACACUGUGGAUUUCCAGCCCUUCUUCCCAUUCAUCAUGAAGGCAGCGGAGGAAGAGCACUAUAACUAUGCAUCUUCCAGUUUAAGUUCCAAUCUGUCACUGGGUGUGAUGAACUCUUCAUUAUCAAACCCAUGUCUUCAGUCACCAAAUCCAGUCAUUUCCAUUAUUCCAUCUACAAGUCAUUCAUCUGGAUAUGGAGGAAAUCUUGACAGUGAAGCCUCCGGAUACUACCUGUCUCCCAAUAUAAGACCCAAUGGAACUCCAACCUUAGAAAGUCCUAGAAUUGAGAUCACUUCAUGUUUGGGAAUGCAUACCAAUAACCAAUUUUUCCAUGAAGGAGAUAUUGAGGAGACCAUCCCAAAUACCAAGCGUACGCAUUCCACUGUUACCUUGAACUUGCCAAAUGUUGAUGCCUAUCGAGACCCUUCUUGUUUGAGUCCUGCCAGCAGUUUGUCUUCCAGAAGCUGUAAUUCAGAAGCUUCAUCUUUUGAAUCAAAUUAUUCUUAUCCAUAUACUUCCCCUCAGACAUCACCAUGGCAGUCACCAUGUGUUUCACCCAAAACCACUGAUCCGGAAGAAGGGUACCAGAGGAGUAUGGUAGCGUGCACUUUGUUGGGUUCCCCUAGGCAUUCUCCUUCAACAUCACCCAGAACAAGUAUACCAGAAGAAAAUUGGUUAACCCCAAACUCACGUCCUACUUCUCCAUGCAACAAAAGAAAAUACAGCCUAAAUGGUAGGCAGACCUCCUACUCACCACAUCAUUCACCAACUCCAUCUCCUCAUACUUCCCCAAGAGUUAGUGUAACGGAUGAAACAUGGCUGGGGAACACUCACCAGUAUACUAGUUCUGCUAUUGUUGCAGCAAUUAAUGCUCUCUCCACUGAACCGAUAGACAUGAACGAUGGCAUUCCAAUUAAAUCCAGAAAAACUGCAAUGGAUCAUUCACCAUCUAUGUCUCUUAAAACAGAGCCAACUUGUGAGGACCACAACGCUUUGUCACCAGGUGGAGACCUAUCACCUGAAGAAUAUUCUGGAUUUCAUCACAUCAGGAAAGGAAGUUUCUGUGAUCAGUAUUUGUCUGUACCACAGCCUCCUUAUCCAUGGGUCAAACCAAAGAACAUAUCUCCUACAUCAUAUAUGAGCCCCUCUAUGCCUGCUCUUGACUGGCACUUGCCGUCCCACUCAGGACCUUAUGAUCUGCGGAUUGAAGUGCAGCCCAAAUCACAUCACAGAGCUCAUUACGAGACGGAAGGAAGCCGAGGGGCAGUGAAGGCAUCUACUGGAGGACAUCCCAUAGUGCAGCUACACGGGUACUUAGAAAGCGAGCCUCUCACCGUCCAGCUGUUCAUUGGCACCGCAGACGAUCGCCUGCUGCGACCCCAUGCCUUCUACCAGGUCCACCGCAUCACCGGCAAGACGGUUUCCACCACAAGCCAUGAAACAAUCAUCUCCAACACCAAAGUCUUGGAAAUUCCACUCCUGCCUGAGAAUAAUAUGAAAGCCAUUAUUGAUUGUGCUGGUAUACUGAAGCUUCGCAAUUCUGACAUUGAACUGCGGAAAGGAGAAACUGAUAUUGGAAGAAAGAACACAAGAGUGCGCCUUGUAUUCCGCGUACACAUUCCACAAGCCAAUGGAAGGACUGUCACCCUGCAAGCGGCGUCCAAUCCUAUUGAGUGUUCUCAGAGAUCUGCUCAAGAAUUACCUUUGGUUGAGAAGCAAAGUAUUGACAACUUCCCAGUGAUUGGUGGGAAAAAAAUGAUUUUGACGGGACAUAACUUCCAUCAAGAUUCAAAAGUUAUUUUUGUAGAGAAAGCACCAGAUGGUCACCAUGUAUGGGAAAUGGAAGCAAAAACCGAUAAAGAAAUGUUUAAACCUAAUUCGAUAGUUGUGGAGAUCCCACCUUUUCGCAACCAGAGAAUAACCAACCCAGUUCAAGUCAAUUUUUAUGUCUGCAAUGGCAAGAGGAAAAGAAGCCAGUACCAGCUUUUCACCUAUCUGCCAGCCAAUGUUCCAAUUAUAAAAACAGAGCCCGCUGAUGAGUAUGAGUCAGCCCAAACCUGUGGCCCUAUGAACCAAGGAUUAACUCAACUCUCAAAGCCAUACUACAGCCAACAGAUCAUGAUGCCCCCUGAUCCUGGUUCGUGCCUUGUGCCUGGUUUCACAUCCUGUCAGCAAAGAAACACUGUGAUGUCAUCGUCUCCAAAUUCAAGCCCCAAGCUCCAUGACCUUCCCAGUUCUGCCUACAACAAAUGCAUCUCGAAUUCUGGUCACACUCAGCUAGGAAUUCAGCAGUCUACCGGAGGUGUCCCCACCAUACAGGAAGUGCCACGGUCUAGAGUAGUACACCCAAGUUCACCUGACCAGUCAUCACACAUCAUGCUGCAGCCGCAGGUGAGUCUACAUCAGAGCAGUAGCUGUCCCCUUGGUUAUCAACAAACAGUCUAUCCCAACAGUCCCUCCUCUCCAGUUCCAUCUAUUACCCAAGAGCCAUCCUAUUUGCAGCCGUGCAGUCCAAACCACUCGGCAGUAAUGGGUCAACAGCAGCAGCAACAGCAGAAGGUUCAGAGAAAUGAAUCUCCAACCAGUCAACCACUGUCACUGCCAGAGUUGCAUGAGGACAGUAAUCAUAAUUUGGCCCCUAUUCCUGUAACGAUCAAGCGUGAACCUGAAGAGCUGGAUCAAUUGUACUUGGAUGAUGUAAAUGAAAUAAUCCGAAAUGACCUCUCAAGCACCAAUGUACAUACAGAGCUUUGACAAUCUUGGACUUCAUUUGUCAGAAUGUUAAACAUCUGCAACGGAAUGAAGACUGAAUAAAGCAUUUGUUCAAUAUUACCAGGUACAACAUUCUGCCUUUAUAAACUCAAGUCCAGCACUCCGAUAAAGAAGUGUUUGAUCUUCAAGAGCUUAUCUUUAAGCUGAAAUAUCAUCUCAAGAAAAGCAAGAAGAAAUGUACAGUGUAUUUUAUGGAAUAUAACUGAAAUACUUGACAAAAGCAGAUAACCUGGAACCAUGACCUAUUCUUUUGGCACCAUCGGAUGCCGGAAGUGCCUUAAAUGUUCAUAUUUGCGGCAUUAAGAUGUUUUAAAAAAAGCUUUCUGUUUGCUACCAAAAAAAGUAUUUUAGGUGCAAAUCAAAACACAGACUAUGAAGCAACUCCACUCGCAGCUUGUGAUAUUCAUUGGAAGCAAUGUUGUUGUUUUAUGAAGAUUUAAAAAAAAGGCAAAGAUGAGAUAUCCUUGCAAAGCUUGUCGAGCUCUUUGAAUGCUGCAAGUAUAAAGUGUAUUGCCUUAAUCUCUGCGCCUCAAAAAAAAAGAAAAAAAAAGAAUGCACCAGUUGUGUCUCUUUAUACUGUACGUGAAAUGUGUUAAGGAAUCCUUUCCGUCCUAGGAAUAAAAUGUUAAGAUUUGAAUUAUGAGUUGAACACACAGAAGGGGAAAAGCACAAAAAGACUGUGAAAAUUAAGCGUAAUAUUUUGUUUACAGACUCUGUCGUAGUCUAUUACACGGAUUUAUACACAGGCCUACAAAUGCAUGUUACAUUAGGAUGACUUAUAGCAAUAUGAAGCUUAAUCAACAUCGGUUCCUGCACAUUGCAUUUUUCACGAUGAUGCCGGUUUUGAAUGCACAUUAAUGCACAAUGAGAAUUAUAUGCAAGUUUACUGUGUGCCCCACCAUCAUUUUCAUGAACUGUACCUAUAACAAGGUCAGUGUACGCAGAAGCAAGGCUUUGUAAUAACGACAAAGGGUAAUGAGCUGGGAAUUUUCUAUUUUCCAGAAUGUAACCUAAAUUUAUAAAGAAGACAUUUCUAAGAAAUUAGUGUUACAUUUGCAUUUUCUUAAUCAACUUCACCCAUUGCAACAAAGAUGUUUGCUGCUCAGACAGGAAAAUCCCAAAUGGAUCUACUUGCUUAGAACAUCAAAGCAAGCAUGUAGAGCAUUUAAAUAGACGUUGCAUUAACAAGCACCACAAUUAGUAAAUAUAAGUGAAUAAAAAAGUAAAAAAAAAAAAAAAAAAAAAAGUUAAUAAAUAACUGUACAUAGAUGACUAUAAGAUUGUAAAUAUUUGUUUGGUUCCAAGAUUGCUAUUCCACAAGAAGCCUUAUAUCUUUACGCUUCACUUAGGGAAAUAUUACCAAAAAAAAAAAGAAAAACUACAAAAAAAAAACACAAACAAAAAAGAAAAGCAUACAAAAAAAUGCAAUGGCUGACAAUGAAGUGCUAUGUAAUAUUUGUCCAUCUUAGUUAAUAAAAUUUGGAGUGAAGUUCAAAUGUACAAUAUGACCCUGCUCACUUACUUAAUGUAAGUAGCAGCUUAAUAUAUCACUAGUGAUGUUUUUUUUUUAACUUCAUUUGACAACCAAACUAGCAUGGUCUAAUUGGAAAUUAAAUGUUAACUAAUGUUGUGCCUUAGUACUUAAUGCCCUCUUCUGGAAAAAUGCCUGAAUUACAGACCGAUUGUCUCAGAUUAAUAGAAUUCUGUGUAUAAUGUCUUACUUUUUUGAAAAAAAAGCCAUAUUUAAUAUUUGCACAGUACUGUGAUAGAAAGAAUAGACUGUAUGGCUUUCUGUACAAACCAGGCUAGUAGUUAUUGUUAUAACUAUAUUUUUAUUUCUCAUGUGUAAUCAAAGAUGUUUACUCAUUAUAGCACUAUAGAAUUUGCAUGAUGUAUGUAUAAUAAACUACAGUAGAACAUUCAGUGCUCAGAGACAACAUUUGCUGGCUAUGCCUUUAUUUACAAUAUUCAAUAAAGCAAUAUUAAGGA